AUGCAAACCCUUUGUGUGCUGCCACGACGUUACAAGAUUGAGGAACACUAUUACAGGCCCGGGGAUCUCAUUAUUGGUGGGAAUUUGCACUUGGGGAACUAUUGGAACCCUUACUUAAACUUUGUUAAAGACCCAUACCCAUUUUCUAUCCCAUAUUUACCCACAGCCAACAAUUACCAGCAGUUCAUGGCCCUGGUGUUUGCAGUGACAGAGAUCAACAAGGAUCUGGUUCUCCUCCCCAACAUCACUCUGGGCUUCAACAUGUAUGACAAUGCCAAUUGGAACAAGAGAGUUUACUUGAUCAACCUCUUUCUGCUCUCCACACAUGACCAAAUAGUUCCAGGUUAUAAAUGUGACCAGAAGGACACUCUCGUCUCUGUGAUUGGAGGUGAUGACCCCACAUUCUCAAUGCAGAUCGACUCCAUCUUCAGCAUCUUCAAGGUCCCACAGCUCAGUAUUGGCUUUGAGUACAUUCAGGGAGACCGAAGAGUUUAUCCUUCCUCCUUCCGGAUUAAUCCCAAGGAAUUUCCUCAAUUUGUGGGUUUAGUCCAGAUGCUCCUGUAUUUCCAGUGGAACUGGGUUGGGUUUAUUGCCUCUGAUAAUGCAGCUUAUUGUGACCCGUGCUCAGACGACCAAUACCCCAACAAGCACAAGGACCACUGCGUUGCCAAGAGGAUCCACUUCCUUGCCUAUCAAGAGCCUCUGGGAUAUGCUUUAGUUUCUCUAGCUCUUUCUCUCUCUGUAACCACAUCUGCAGUCCUGGUGAUUUUCUGUAAACAUCAUGAUACCCCGAUCGUCAAGGCCAACAACCGAGAUCUCACCUACAUCCUCCUGGCUUCACUCCUGCUCUGCUUCCUCUGCUCCUUCCUUUUCAUUGGUCAACCCAGGAAGCUCACUUGUCUCAUCAGACAAGCUGCUUUUGCCAUUCUCUUUUCCCUUGCAGUUUCCUCUGUCUUGGCAAAAACGGUCAUGGUGGUUCUUGCCUUCAUGUCCACCAAGCCAGGAAAUAAGACAAGGAAAUUCUUAAGAAAACCACUGACCAACUCCAUUGCCUUAGGCUGUCCCCUGGUCCAAGCAGUUAUUUGUACAAUUUGGCUGGCAAUUUCACCUCCAUUUCUCAACUUGGACUUCCACUCCUUGUUUGGUGAGAUCAUCUUAGAAUGCAAGGAAGGCUCAACUUCUAUGUUUUAUGCUGUCCUUGCCUACCUAGGUUUUCUGGCCCUUGUGAGUUUCACGGUGGCCUUUUUAGCUAGGAAAUUGCCUGACAGCUUUAACGAAGCCAAAUUCAUUACUUUUAGCAUGCUGGUCUUUUGCAGUGUUUGGAUCUCCUUCCUCCCCACCUACCUGAGCACCAAAGGGAAGUCUAUGGUGGCUGUGGAGAUCUUCUCCAUCUUGGCCUCUGGGGCUGGUCUCUUGGCUUGUAUCUUUUUCCCCAAAUGCUACAUAAUCCUACUGAGGCCCAAUCUGAAUCGUAAAGAGAAUAUCAUGAGACAGAAGAAACUCUGA